AUGGCCGGCGGGCCUAGUCCGAGCAGUACGAGUCCCUCCAAUCUGUCCAACAGCCCUUUUCCACGCGGCUCUCUGAGCAGCUCAACUUCUUCCUCCCCACCCAAGGCUUUUGCAUCUCACUCCACCAUGACGGCUGACGUCUUCUCGCCGUCGCACUCGUACGGCAUGCCCGGCCCCAUCGGAGAGCGCAGGCCGGCAGAGAAGAAUGCCCUCUCUCUCCUCUCCUUUAGCGACGCCGACACCCUUCCCGAAACCAAAGGGCGCCAUCACACCAUCUUCUUGCGCAAGCUUCCCAGCAACAGCGAUCGCGAGGCUGUGCGCAACAUCCUUCUGUUUGCCAAGGACCUGGUGGAUUGCGAGCUGGUGCCCUCUUCUCGCUUCCCCGAUGACCAAGGCUUCGCAUCCGCCGUCGCCCAUUUCCAGACCCUCGAGGGCGCAAGGGAGGCGCGCGACCUCCUCAAUGGGAAGCGCAACGCGACCAAGGAUGCGACACUCAUCGUCGAGCUGUUGCACGAGGGUCAGCCAGGCGCUAUCGGCUCACGGCGCAACACUGUGGACAGCGGAUCGACACGACAAGGACCCAUUGCCACUGCACCUCCCAAUGGUCGACAAUCCUCUCGAUACAACGGGACUUUUCAAAACAUGGAGAAGAUGUCUCCACCCAACGGAACCCCGGGUCUUGGCAACGGAGAAUUCCCCGUCAACAAUCUCUUCUCCCCGACGUCUCCUGUCAACACCACCUUUGCCAGUCGCAACCUGGGGAAAUCGGUCAUCAAUGACGAGGCCGACGAUGAUGACGGCUUGCUCAGCGAAUCCUUUGGAUAUGCUUCCAGCGGCCCAGCCGUACAGGCUAAUGUCCAACGACGGGCUACCAACCCCAACUCAGCCAUGCCUGUAUCUCGAUUCGCAUCGCUCUCGCUGAACACCAAUGGCGUCAACGGCAUGAGUCCUCCGCCAGUGUCCAAUUUCACAUCACCCAGAUCGGGAGCCAACAUGCAGUCGCCUGGUGCAUCGCUUUCUGCCAUGUCUCCUCAUGCUAUUCCAUCCGCCCUGAGCAAUGGCCCGAACACGGGAUACCAGCAGUACUCGCAGCAUUUUGCACGUCCGACUUAUCCUCCUGUCAACCCUGCGGAUCAAAACCCACCGUGCAAUACGCUAUACGUUGGCAAUUUGCCCAUGGAUACCUCGGAGGACGAACUCAAGGCUGUCUUUUCUAAACAGCGUGGAUACAAGCGUCUUUGUUUCCGCACCAAGCAGAAUGGACCCAUGUGCUUUGUCGAAUUUGAAGAUACAUCGUUUGCUACCAAGGCUCUCAAUGAUCUCUACGGAUACAUGCUGCACAACAGCGUCAAAGGUGGUAUUCGAUUGAGCUUCUCCAAGAACCCUCUGGGUGUGCGAAGCGGACAAAGCGCUCCCAUGGGGCCAUCAUCCGCCAUUGCACCCUCGACCCCUCUUUCGGGCUUUGGAAAUAACGUUGCGGCUCCCCCCGGCUUUUCCACGGCUACCGGCCCACCCCCAGGCUUGUCAGCUCCUCCAGGGCUCUCAACCAAUGCCCACACCAAUGGUAGCUCUGGUUUUGGAAUGUACUCUAAUGGGGGCUUUGGCAUGGUGCCGAACGAGAUGGCCAGCCCUCUGCGCCAGCCUCUUGCUACCAACGUUUCUGGAAACGGUUUCAGCAGCAUGGGUGGCGCCUACUCGGCCUACAUGAUGGGACGCUGA